GCAGCAGGGAGCAAACCAAAGGCUUUGCUUGGCUCAUCCAUCCACCCACCCGGGAUUUUCCAGGGCUCUGGAAGCCGCAGCUCCUCUGCUAACAAGUUUUUAAAGGGUCACACUGCUGCUUCCCUCAGCAGCAGCUCUGCAGAGGGUUUUUUGUUCCUUCCUUCUCUCCCGUGCUGCAUUUCCUGACUCCACAGUGGGAUGGGUCGCUUGCAAAAGAUUCUCAUUCCCUCUCUGGGAUUGGUUUUGGCCUUCUGGUUCUAUUCUGCGAGGGACACUUUCAAACCGGAAAUGCUGCGGGGCAAGCGGGUGAUCGUGACCGGAGCCAGCACGGGCAUCGGGGAGCAGAUGGCUUACCACCUGGCCAGGAUGGGCGCCCACGUCCUGCUCACGGCACGGACAGAGGCCAGGCUGAGGAACGUGGUGCAGCGCUGCCUGGAGCUGGGGGCAGCCUCGGCGCGCUUCGUCAGCGGCACCAUGGAGGACACGGCCUUCGCCCAGCACGUGGUGAGGGAGGCCCAGGCCUCGCUGGGAGGCCUUGACAUGCUGAUCCUUAACCACGUCGGUGCAUCCUACUUUGGCUUUUUUGAUGGGGACGUGGAGCACGUCCGAAAGCUCCUGGAAAUCAACUUCCUCAGCUACGUGGCCAUGACCACGUCAGCCCUGCCCAUGCUGAAGGAGAGCGAGGGCAGCAUCGUGGUGGUUUCAUCCAUGGCAGGUAAAGUCGGGUUCCCCUUUACCGUCCCCUACUCUGCGACUAAGUUUGCCCUGGAUGGAUUUUUCAGCUCCCUGAGGCAGGAGUUCGCCAUUCAGAGCAUCAACGUUUCCAUCACGCUCUGCAUCCUCGGCUUCAUCGACACGGAGCGCGCAGUGCGCGCUGCCGCGGAGGUGCUGCUGGAGCGGCCGGCGCCGCGGGACGAGUGCGCGCUGGAGAUCCUCAAGGGCGCAGCGCUGCGCCGGAGGGAGCUCUACUACCGCUACAGCUCCACGCGGCUGCCGCUGCUGCUGCGGGACUGCGCCGCCGAGCUCCUCGACUACCUGGUGCGGAGCCGCUACCGCCUGCCCGCGACCCCCGGCGGCCCCCGCCCGCAGCACUGA